AUGGACGACAGCCAAUUGUUUAUGCAUACGCACGUUUCUAUCAUGAAGUAUAUACUAGUCUGCAAAGCCUUGUAUGACUAUGACGCUCGCACUCCAGACGAACUGGACAUUAAGGAAGACGACAUCCUGUACAUUAUUGAAAAGGAAGAUGACGAUUGGUGGAAGGCAGAGUUGAAGCAACCAAGCAGCGAUACUACUUCUCUUGGAAAAGUUGAAGCCGAGUACAGCUACACCGCACAGCAAGAAGAGGAACUGACUUUUGAAGAGGGUGAAAUCAUGGACUUACUGGAGCAGGACGAUCCAGAUUGGUAUCUGGUCAAAUUGAGCAAUGGGGAAAUCGGUUUGGCUCCUAGCAACUAUGUGCGUUCCGUUGAUACGCACGAUUCGCACCGGGGCAAUGUACCGCCUGAAGCUGAGCACUUUUCAUCGGCGCCCACAUCCCCUAAUGAAGUUGCUUCGAAUGUCGGCCUGCCAGAGCCUUCGCAAAAAUCAACAGACAACCGAAGUGUAGCAACGACGAAGCCCCCGGGCGAUGAAGCGCAAAGCUGGUUGGUUCAUGAAUACGAUGUUGCGAAAAAGAAGAAGAAGAAAAGCAAAGGCAACUUGCUUGUGGGCAAUGGCAUGCUGUGCUACGCUAGUGAAACCGAUAAAGCGUCGCCAGUCCAGCAAUAUCCUAUUUUAGACGUUACCAAGUACCUGUUUGAUGGGAAGAAUUUGCACAUUGAAAUUGUUGGUGAGAAAUCAGCCGUACUCGAUUUGCAGGCUUCUUCGAAAUCCGAGGCCAAAGCCAUCCUUGUCAAAAUUGCCGACUCUUGCCAAGCCGCUCAAUCCAGUGCCAUUUCCGUUGCACCGCAACACACUGCAGGCUCCUCGUACAGUCAGCUUUCCGCUCAUGAACAACGACAAUCACCGCAGCGGCAGCAACCGUCCAACGACGAAUACGACCAUCCUCAGCCCGAGAUCGCAUCGCCAGUGUCGGCUGCCACGCAACCUGCAUCUCAACAGCCGACUGGAUCCGAAGCACGACGGGGUAUUAUUCUGUUCUCAUUCCAAGCCGAGGGUGCCGGUGAAUUGUCCGUUGCAGAGCAGGAACAAGUACUUGUGACCGAUUACGAUCGUACGGAUGGUUGGUGGCAGGUGGAAACCACAGGCGGCGAAUCCGGUCUCGUUCCUUCGUCUUAUGUUCAGUUCCAUGAAGAUUACGAAUCUUCGCAAUCAAUGCAACAUGACGAUUUGCAACAACAGCGUGAAGAGGAAGAGGAAGCGUAUCGACGACAGCUCGCUGAAGAAGAAGAAGAAGCACGUCGUCGACAACAACAAGAAGAGGAAGAAGAAGAACGACGCCGGUUAGAGGAAGAACAACGACGUCAGGAAGAGGCACGUAAACAGGAAGAAGAACGUGAGCGACGAAGAAAAGUGCAGGAGGCAGCUCAGCGUGCUGAAGCAGAAAGACAGCGGCAGUUACAAGAAGAGCAGAAACGCCGGGAAGCGGAAAGAAAGGCAGCAGAGGCAUCUCGAAAUAUACCACCUCAGCAGACUCGAUCGCGCACCGGUAAUCUUGCACGAUCUUCCAGCAUGUCAGCGCGAGCGGCUCAAAAUCUAUCAAAACCCGAUCCAAACAAAACACGAACGUGGACCGACCGCAGCGGGGCUUUCAAAGUCGAGGCGCAGUUACUUGGGGUGAGCGAUGGAAAGCUUCGAUUGCAUAAAACCAACGGAGUCAAGAUCGACGUACCCAUGGAAAAAAUGAGCGAGGAGGACGUACAAUGGGUUCGUGAAAAUGUGUUGAAGAGCGGCGCCGAUGACAGUGAUGAGAAUAAGCCUCUCGCGAAUUUGACAGAUCAAAAGCCGAUUGAAAUGACGCCGGUCAAACACCAGGAAACAGGCAGUAGUCGGUCGGCUCCUGCUCGACAAGAAAAGAAAGUCAACCCUAAUUGGGACUGGUUCGAUUGGCUCUUGAUGAUCGGUAUCCCCAUGCAACCGGCUUUGCAAUACGCAGCCGCCUUCAAAGCAGAUAAACUGGAUGACAGCGAUAUCCCCCAUCUCACCCACAAGCAAAUGAAAACGCUCGGUGUGAAGGAAAAGUACGUCCAGCGCAUUGAACGUUAUGUGGAAACCGAAAAAAUCGAGCCACCUUCCGAUGAUGAACAAGAGCAACCAGCAGAGGAUGAAAGUAGCAAGGGCAAGAACAAAAGUCAGAUGGAAUCGGAUGCAGAACUGGCAAAGAGGUUGCAAGAUGAGUGGAACAAAUCAGGCAAUGAUUCCAGUGAGCGAACAACGGCACGAUCGACCACGCGACCGAAGCCUGCUACGUCUGCCCCUAACAAUGUUCAUCCUGAUCUGUUGGAGUUUAUCGGCACUCAGUUUACGGCUGCCAGCACAGCUUCAGAUAAAGCUCCAGUCAAGCAAGAUUUAAUCGGAUUUGAAGAUGAUGCUUGGUCGCCCCGUCCAGAUAAACCCAAAGCUUCAGUAGCAUCACCGUCAGCUCCUCGAGAAGCAAGCCAACCCAACCCAAUCGUUCCGCAACUAUCGGCUCAAUCCUUGCAAUCACCGCAGAGUAAUUCAUCAGGAGCCAUUAAUCCGUCCUUGGGUCGUUGGAAUGGAAGUGAACAAGCUCAACAGGUAUCGCCUUCACAAACGGGUCCAACCGGUAUGCAGCCACAAAUUCCCUUGGCGACAGGACACAGCAAUGUCUCGGCCAUAUCCCCGCAAGUGAAUACAUCGGGACAACCUUCGUUGAAUGCCAUUGCUUUGCACCAAACUGGCCAAAUGUCGCCCAUGCAACAGUUGCCUGCCCAAACAGGAACAUUUUCUCCGAAUAAUAUGAUGCCGCAGCAAACCGGUUACCAGCCGCAGCAAAUGGCUUCGUGGCAGCAACAGCAACAACAGCAAUUGCUCUUACAACAACAACAGCAACAACAACAGCAGUUGCUCAUUCAGCAACAACAACAACAGCAGCAGCAACAGCAACAAUUACUCCUGCAACAGCAACAGCAGCAACAGCUUCAGCAGCAACAACAACAACAAGCGCUGGCAAUGCAACAAAUUGCCGCUCAGACUCAAGCUUGGCAACAACAGCAAUCGGCUCAGCAAGUGCCUUGGCAAGCUCAACAGCUGCAACCGCAGAUGACUGGCCAUGUUAAUACGAUGAAUCAAGGAUGGCAGCCACAACAGACGGGUGCUAUGAAUCAGCUUCCAUAUCAGAAUACCAUGACGAAUGUGACAGGUGCACAAGGAUCAGGAUUCGCAGGAAGCAUGCAACCGCAUCAGCAGUUCCCGAUGCAAUCUACUGGGUUACAACGGAGCCAUACCAUGUCCAGCGGCGUGGCAUCUCAACCGACAGGUCGACGUAAUUGGACAAGUGCAACACCUGAUAAUCCGUUUGGAUCGCCUUCUCUGAGUCCUGUCAGUCCCCAAAUGACAGGAGCCGUUCAAUUCUCGACUCCAAACAUGAGCGCUUUUAAUCAGAACCCAACUAUGCAGCAACCACAGCCUACUGGAUAUCUCCAACCGCAAAUGACAGGUUUUGCUGGACAACCGUCAACUAAUCAACCCACUGGCCACAGCAUUUUCACCCCUUCUGGAUCGAUGCAAUACGGUCAAUCCGCCUUCCCGAACCACCGAUAA